AGAACGCCGCGGAGGGGGAAGGUUUUACUUCCGGGAAGAUGGCGGCCUCCCUGCAGAAGCCGGACAUGUGGUUGCGGGGAAGGAGUCCGCUGUAACCACUGAUGCACAGGGAGGCCUGGAAGCUGCAGGGUUCAAGUAGCAUCAAGCUUUAGAAUAGCAACCUGAGUCCAUCAUGAAUGACUCUCCCAAGAACAAGUCUGUGGGGAUGAAGUUUGCGGAGCAGCAGUUACAGAGGCACGGCUGGAAACAAGGCAAAGGGCUGGGGAAGCGAGAGAAUGGCAUCUCUGAAGCCAUCAAGGUGAAAGUGAAAUGCGACACAGCUGGGGUGGGUCACGACCCAGCAGAGCAGUUCACUUUCCAUUGGUGGGAUCACCUCUUCAACAAGUCAGCUGCGAACAUCUCAGUGGAGGCUGGGCAGGAUGGCGUCCAAAUGAAAAAGCUCUCUGAGCAGGACGGGGAGAUCAGCAACAAGAAGCCCCGCAAAGCACCCAGUCCCAGGAGCAUGCUGUACGGCCGCUUUGUGAAGGCAGCCACGCUGACGGCAGGAGGGGAGGAGCCAACGAAGCAGGUUGCCACCUCUGAGAGGAGCGAGGACGAGGAGGAGAAAUUGGACCUGUCUAGUGCUAGGAAGCUGACGGAUGAGGAGCUGGUCCGAGCCUGUGGCGGCCGCACUGCGCACAAGGGAGCCCGUCACGGUCUGACCAUGAGUGCCAAGCUGGCCCGGCUCGAGGCGCAAGAGCGAGCCUUCCUGGCUAACGACAGCCAGGAGGAGGGGAGAGGCGACGUCCCACAGCAUCAGCAGGAGGUAGUGGCGGGUGCCUCGGCCCUGGGAAGCAGCAAACCGGCUGAGAGGCGGCAGAAAGCCAAGAAGAAAAAGCGGAAGAGAUCCAAAGAGAGGGGGGGCUGGGCCAAGGUGCAUGGGAGGCCAGAACCAGGGCAGGAGGAGGAGGGGAGGCGGGCCAGGAAAAAGAAAAAGAAAGAGAAGGAGGAGGUGACGGAGGGUUUGGAGAGCGAGUUGCCGGACUCAAGGGAGCAGCUGAUGGCGGCAGAAAGGGCCAAAAAGAAGAAAAAGAAGGGGAAGGUGCAGUGAACGAGGGCUCAUCCUGUUUGAGGGGGGUGCUACCCUCAGGGCUGCUCUGGACCCGCCACACAGAGGCCCUUCCUGCUGCGGGGCCUCUUCCCAGUCACUCCGCAGCCGCUCUCUAGCUCACUUUCCCCACCAUGCUUUGGCUGCAGGGUUAACGGGCCGGCCCUCUUACCCAAGGGGGCCGCUCUGCGCACAAGUACAUGGGUGGAAAGACAUGGCUAGUGUCCCGACUGCUUGAAA